AUGAGUUCCCAGUAUCCAGAAUUGAAGGGUUUUUACCAUUUAAGAGAAACGAUUGGUUCAGGUGGUUUUGCUAAGGUCAAAUUGGCUUACCAUGCCCUGACUGGUGAGAAGGUUGCUAUAAAGAUAAUGGACAAAAGAGCUUUAGGGGAUGAUUUACCCAGAGUUAAAACUGAAAUAGCAGCCAUGAAAGAACUGUGUCAACAACACAUCUGUAAAUUGUUUCAAGUUUUAGAAACAGAAACAAGAUUUUAUAUGGUUUUAGAGUAUUGUCCUGAAGGUGAACUGUUUGAUUAUAUUGUGUCUAAAGAUAGAUUAGAUGAAGCAGAGGCCAGAAUAUUUUUCAGACAAAUUGUGUCUGCUGUAGCUUUUAUACAUUAUAAAGGAUAUGCUCAUAGAGACUUGAAACCUGAAAAUUUACUAUUAGAUGAAGAACAGAAUUUAAAGUUAAUAGAUUUUGGUUUAUGUGCUAAACCUAAGGGUGGUAUGGAGAAUCAUUUAUUUACUUGUUGUGGUAGUCCAGCCUACGCAGCACCAGAAUUAAUCUCAGGAAAACAAUAUCUAGGUGCAGAGGCUGAUCUAUGGAGUAUGGGUGUACUGUUAUAUGCUUUACUAUGUGGUUAUUUACCUUUUGAUGAUGAGAAAAUACCAUCAUUAUACAGAAAAAUACAGAGUGGUAAAUACGAUGUACCAGAUUGGCUCUCUCCAGAAAGUUCUAUAUUAAUAGCUCAGAUGUUACAAGUAGAUCCUAAACGUAGAAUCUCUAUACAACAACUUAUAAAUCAUCCUUGGUUGAGGAAAGGCUUUAAUAUACCUUGUGAAUUUGAGAGCAAAUAUAAGUCUACAUUAGAUGAAGAUUGUAUAACAGAAUUAGCAGUACAUUAUGGUAAAACUAGAACAGAAAUGGAAGAGGAUGUUUCUAAGUGGACUUACGAUUAUUUAACGGCUUCUUAUUUCUUGUUAUUGGAGAAAAAAAUGAAAGGACGUCCUGUAAGGUUAUUACAGAGACCAACAGCAACAGAUAAAACUAAGGUUCGACCACUCAGUAUAGAUGAAGACAAUGAAUCACCAUACAUUCUAACACCAAAUAAUAAAAACAACAGAAUACUCAAUGGUUAUAGUGAUCAAAAACAACGACCAGCCAAAGAAGAAAGAGUCAAAGGUCGUGCUAGAGAGAGACUUGAAUUUAGUGAAAAUAAUAAAGAGAAUUCUGAAAAUUUUGUAGUUCCCUUCACACCGAAAGCAACCUCUCAUCAUCGGAACCCUAAAACACCAUCUUUAAUAGAACCCCCAGCCAAACCUCUUUCUCCAUUGAUGUCUAAACAGCUACAAGUGGCUUUAGACGAUACUUGUAACGCUCAGAAAGCAACUCGUAAAGCCUCAGUCUUCGGUAGUUUAGAAAAAGUCUUUAAUAUGUUGACACCAAAGAAGAAUAGAGGGUCAACUUCAGAAGGGCCUAGAAAAGUUAAGGCUCUGCAUAAUGUAUACAGAACUAAUGAGUUUAAUCCAGAUUAUGUUUUAAAUAAGUUAAAGUCUACAGUUGAACAAAAAUGUAUACCAUUUAAACACAGCGAUUAUAUGUUAAGAUGUACUGUAGCAGAUGAUUGGGGUAGAGUCAAACUAGCUUUUGACAUGGAGGUCUGUUUGUUGCCUAAAAAUUCCUAUAUUGGUGUUUAUCGUAAAAGGGUAAAAGGUGAUACGUGGCAUUAUAAGAAAUUGUUUGAAGAUAUACUGCAGUCAGCCAACCUUUAA